CCCAAUGGCAGGUAGAUAAAUAAGAUACCUCUAAAUUGCUCUUUAUAAGCAGGUAAAGCAACGAACAGAGAGAGAAAGCAAACAAAAGUCUUUAAUGCCUCUGACACCUCCACCGCACUAAAACACUGCAAUGCAGUCGGGGAUACCGACGGCGCCACCAUCCAAACCACCCAUAGACACCCGAACUUAAUUUCCUAUAGCGACACUAGUGUGUGUGUGUGUGUAUAUAUUUUGUUAUAGAAUGUCGGCUUCCAACUCCAAGCAGCAGAGCCAGGCUAAAGCACGGGACCUGAAGCACCGUGUGCUUACGUGCCUCCACAAGCUUUCCGACAGGGAUACGCAUGCCGUCGCCGCUUCGGAGUUGGAAUCUAUUGCGAGAUCUCUCUCCACCGACGCACUUCCGCCGUUUCUCUCUUCUAUCUCCGCCACCGACUCGUCGGAUAAGUCUCCUGUCCGCCGCCAGUGUGUCCGACUCAUUUCGGUGCUAUCCGAGCACCACGGAAACUCUCUCUCCCCACACCUAUCCAAACUCCUCUCCGCCAUCGUCCGCCGACUCCGGGAUCCGGAUUCUUCCGUCCGCUCUGCCUGCGUAUCUGCUUCACUCUCCCUCUCUUCACAUCUCACAACGCCAUCUUUUGCUUCCAUUACCAAGCCAUUCCUUGAAUCUCUGUUCAGAGAACAGGACUCUAAUACUCAGACAGGUGCUGCUCUCUGUUUGGUAUCAAUAAUCGAAGGAUCACAAAAUCCGGAUUCCGGUAGCUUGAAACGCCUGUUACCGAGGUUCGAGAAGUUGGCAAAAUGCGAGAGUUUCAAGGCAAAAGCCGCAUUGUUGACGCUGAUGGGGAGCGUGGUGGAACUGAAUGGUGUGUUGAAUGGUGGUGGAAACCUGAUUAAGAAUUUAGUAAUGUGUUUGGUGGAGUUCUUGAGUAGUGAGGAUUGGACUGCGAGGAAGGCAGCUGCAGAGACGUUGAUGAAGAUUGCGGGGGCGGAUAACUAUGCUUUAUCUGAAUAUAAAAGUUCGUGUUUGAAGACCUUUGAGGCAAAGAGAUUUGACAAGGUAAAGGCAGUGAGGGAGACCAUGAAUCAGAUGAUAGAUGCUUGGAAAGAGAUUCCUGAUCUAUCAGAUGAAGUCUCACAGUCUGCUGAAUUACAGGCGUCAUCUGAAGAAAGUCCUAGUGAUGGACGUUAUCCACCUGGCUUCAAAACUUCUUGUACAGUUAGCUCGACUGCUCCUGUAGUAAGGAAAAGAGGUCCUUUUGAUAACCCAGUUGACAGAACACCAUCAGCUGAUGGCUCUUCUGCUACUACAGCCAGAAAAAGAAGUCCUCUUGGUGGUAAUGACAGGAAAAUUGGUCCUGCUAUGUUUAGGAAGUUGGACCCGAAGAAGCCUUCUGAUUGGAAAGUUCAAAUUGCUGGUGGUUCUUCUGUUAUAGAUGUUUCAAAGGAUAAUCCUUUGACUAGAGGUGAGAGAGUGUUGAAAACCGUUGAGGAGGAAAGAAAUAAAUUUACCAAGCCAGAAAUAAAACGGGCCCUUUUCAAUGAGAACUCUGAUGAAAAGAAGCAGAAACUUGGCUUUUUUAAGCCUGUGUCUCGUGUGAUGCCAUCUGACCAUGAAAGUUUUGUCACUGUUAAUGAAACUGGAGUUCCUUGUAGAAACCAGAAAGAGUGUGAGGACCUUUCUCUCAUCCGAAAGCAGCUUGUGCAAAUUGAAAACCAGCAAUCCAAUUUGUUAGACAUUCUCCAGAAAUUCAUUGGGAGUUCUCACAGUGGAAUGCGUUCUCUGGAGACACGUGUUCAUGGUCUAGAGCUGGCUUUGGAUGAAAUUUCAUUUGAUUUAGCUGUCUCAACCGGAAGGAUGUCACGAAGUGAUGCUGCUGGUGCCAUGUGUUGCAAAUUACCUGGUGCAGAAUUCUUGAGUUCAAAGCUUUGGAAGAAAACUGAGGGUCAUUUUUCAACCUCUCGAUUCUCUGAUUCUGAUGGAAACACAUCAGUAGCUGGAGUACGCAACAUUCCUGAUAAGAAUGGAGAUCGUGAAGGAUUUAAGUUGGAGAAUAGGAGAUAUCGACUCCAAGGUGGUCGUGGGUUUAUAGUUAACCCGUUAGCUGAAACGCCAAGACGAUCCCUGCAAAUCCCUGAGGUUUCCGCAAGUGGAGUUAUAAGGAACAUUCCUGCAUGAUGUCAGUAUCACAUAUGCCUGCCCUCAAAUCAGCCGGCUGUGGGUGUCGGACAAAGGCUGGAGUUACAAUAUUUAGUUUGCCUGGCUUAUAAAGAUAAUCGACUCUUGCAAGACUUUCACUGUGAAUGGAAUGCUCAUAUUUCGAGUCGAGUACAAUACUUGAUUAACAGUACAGAUAUUAUUAAUCUAGAUGCCCAUUCGGCCUACUCAAAAUUUCAAGAACCUUAUAUUUAGAGCAAGUAUCUACAUGAUGAGUUUCUGAACCUUUUCCGAGUAAAGUAGAUACUGCUGGAAGCGAAUGAAGCCAACCGCAAUUUGUAAAGGUCUGAUAUAAUGGUGGAUAGUUUAUUGGGAACUGCUCUUCUAUUGGACAUGAAGAGUGGAUGUGUAUAUCGCAGAAUUUUAUCGUCUGAGAAUUUCUUUUCAUUCUUUGCUGAGUUGUGAUCUUGUCUUUUGAAAUGAUACUCAAGCAUGUUGUAAUCUGUAUUCAAUUACAUGAGCUUAUGAUGAGACUCGACUUUUUCGUUGCUUGAAGUUUAAGGAUGUGUUUGUAAAGAGAAGUUUGCUUUAUUAAAAUGGCAAUGUUUGGUACCA